GAUUGACUCGCAGAGAAUCGCUUGGUUGCCUGAGCCUAAAAGUGACAGCGAUAUUUUACAUGUUUGGAUGCAACGCAGGAAAAAGCAGCGAAACAAGAAAUAAUAAAGCGAUAUAACUACACGAACCACUCACCAUGGAGUCGUAUGACAUCAUAGCUAACCAGCCUGUUGUCAUUGAUAAUGGUUCAGGCGUCAUCAAAGCUGGCUUCGCCGGAGACCAGAUCCCCAAAUACUGCUUCCCAAACUAUGUGGGACGUCCCAAGCAUGUACGGGUGAUGGCGGGUGCCCUCGAGGGCGACCUCUUCAUUGGCCCAAAAGCUGAGGAGCACAGGGGGUUGCUGUCAGUGAGGUAUCCUAUGGAACACGGCAUUGUGAAGGACUGGAAUGAUAUGGAGCGUAUCUGGCAGUACGUGUACUCCAAGGAGCAGCUGCAGACCUUCUCUGAGGAGCAUCCUGUGCUUCUCACAGAGGCGCCCUUGAACCCCAGUAAGAACCGGGAGCGGGCGGCCGAGGUGUUCUUCGAGACCUUCAACGUACCGGCCCUCUUCAUCUCGAUGCAGGCCGUCCUCAGCCUGUACGCCACGGGGCGAACGACGGGUGUGGUUCUGGAUGCGGGCGACGGGGUGACCCACGCCGUGCCGAUCUACGAGGGCUUCGCCAUCCCGCACUCCAUCAUGCGCGUGGACAUCGCCGGCCGUGACGUCUCCCGCUACCUGCGCCUGCUGCUACGAAAGGAGGGCUACGACUUCCACACCUCCGCCGAGUUCGAGGUGGUGCGCACCAUCAAAGAGAGGGCGUGCUACCUGUCCCUGAACCCCCAGAAGGACGAGACCCUGGAGACGGAGAAGGCGCAGUACACCCUCCCAGACGGCAGCACGCUGGAUAUCGGACCAGCUCGCUUCCGUGCCCCAGAGCUGCUGUUCCGGCCGGACCUGAUUGGGGACGAGAGUGAGGGCAUCCACGAGGUGCUGGCCUUCGCCAUCCAGAAGUCAGACAUGGACCUGAGACGCACCCUCUUCUCCAACAUUGUGCUGUCCGGGGGCUCCACGCUCCUCAAAGGGUUUGGGGAUCGCUUGUUAAGUGAAGUGAAGAAGCUGGCACCCAAAGAUGUUAAAAUUAAGAUCUCUGCACCGCAGGAGAGAUUGUACUCCACAUGGAUUGGGGGCUCCAUCCUGGCCUCGCUGGACACCUUUAAGAAGAUGUGGGUCUCCAAGAAGGAAUACGAGGAAGACCGUGCCCGUGCCAUCCACAGAAAGACCUUCUAACCUGGGACAGGGUGCACUGAGUCCCCCCCACCCCACAC